CACGUGAAAGUAUUAUAUGAGAAAUUAUGAUAAAUAUGUCGUAUGUGUCAGUAGAAAUUGACAGAAGAAUUAAAAGGAUAUUGAGGAUACUGUGCUUUUAUUCACAAUAGGCCUCAUCUAAGAAUAAAUUCAUAUAUAUAUAUGUGUAACCAGAUAAACUAUACUAUCUGUAGUAGAUGUUUGCGGGCUGGAUUACAACAGACGCCUGAGGCUUUACUUGUAAACAAACUUGGAUGAUGUCAGAGGCUUAGCGAUGAAGAGGUUUAUCACGUAUAGUUACUCACUCCAAACACCUGUCCCUGACUCAGACGGCUGUGGACCUGGAAGAGGACAAACCGGACAAAGGCUAUUUGCUGGUGAUGAAUUUUCUGGAGGAUGUCCCGUUUCAGACCCUGCUGGGUCCACUGGAGGAGGAAGUUCAGCUGCUGACGACUCCGGACAUCACUGUACCAGACCUCCAGCGGGUAAUGAAGGAAACUGAGUAUGGAUUCAACCUGGAGAGGUGGAUUUUAACUGGGGAGCAGGAGGUCAGUCAGGCCCCGUCCUGCCCGCCUUACUGGCUGAUGUUCCGCAGCCCCCAGAAGAGUCGCAGGGCGACUCACAGGAGCGGCGACCCGUGGGCCUCCAGCCCUCGCCCACGCAGCCACAGCCUGAACUCUGCGGACGCUCACUGCCUGCACCACCGCACCGUCAGGUUCCACAUAUCGGACUCUGACAACGAGGACGGCUACUGCGAGGACAACGAAUGGUCCCCCACCGAAGACGCCCAUCACCGCACCAGGAGCAGGGAGCGGCCCCGGAGCGCCGCACCCAAAGACCCGGUCUCAAGAGUCAAGGAAAUGCACCUCGGUCCUUCCGCUCACCACUGCAAGCCUGACUCUCCUCAGACCCACAGGAGCCACAGAGCUUCUCUCCCAGACUGCAGACAACCUCUGCGUGCGGUGGAGCAGCAGAGGUCGCAGCAGGCCAGCCCCCUCUGCCACGGCCAGAAGGGCAGCAAGAAGAGGCAGCGUUCGCUGAGCUCCGCGGGACUCAGGAAGUACCCCCAAAACACAUCGCCUGCCCUUUCUUCUUCAUCCAGGCUGCUGCAGCAGCAACGACCCUCGUCUGCAGGGCCCGUCGUCAAGAACCGCAGGAAGAAGGUCCUGACGACCAGUGGCUCUCGUGGGGUUUUCUUUGACUCUGCAACGGAGCUUCUGUCAGCACUCAGCCAAGAAGAGAGGGAGCUCCUUGAAACCAUCACAGAGAAGGGCUACCCUCUACGCACCGCCAUUCUGGCUCUGCAGAAGACGGGCUACCGGAGCCCGGAGAAGGUCCUAAAAUACCUGGUUACCAGUGACCGUCUGUGUGGGCUGGGAUACGAUGAGGCGCAGGUGGAAGAGGCCCUGGAGAUGUUUCAGAACUGCGAGAGCAAGGCUGCCGAGUUCCUGCGUCUGUUGACCCAGUUUAACGAGAUGGGCUUCCAGCAAAGUGCAAUCAAAGAAGUGCUGCUUGUUCAUGAGAACCAUCGAGAGAGGGCCCUUGAGGAACUCAUGACACGCAUGGUUUAAACAGGACACACAGG